CGUCAUUUCCGAAAAAUCGCAUAUUUCUUUUUAUCCGGGACCGCCACGAUUGGUAGUGUCUUGUACGUGUUCUAUAAAAAAUAUUUUUUAUAUAAGUGAAGAACAUGGCUUUCGUAAAAGUCGUUAAGAAUAAGCAGUACUUCAAGAGGUACCAAGUCAAAUUCAAGAGGCGCCGACAGGGUAAAACCGAUUACUAUGCCCGUAAGCGUCUUAUUGUUCAAGACAAAAACAAGUACAACACCCCUAAAUACCGAUUAAUCGUCCGUAUUUCAAAUCGCGACAUAACGUGUCAGAUUGGUUACUCUCGUAUCGAGGGAGACAAGAUUAUGUGUGCAGCCUAUGCCCACGAGUUGCCAAGGUAUGGAAUCAAAACCGGACUCACCAAUUAUGCUGCUGCUUAUGCAACUGGUUUGUUAUUGGCACGUCGUCUUCUAAAAAAAUUAGGACUCGAUAGCUUGUAUGCUGGUACCACAGACGUUACAGGUGAUGAAUACAAUGUUGAAGGUGUUGACAAUGGACCAGGAGCCUUCAGGUGUUACUUGGACACCGGUUUGAAGCGUACCAGCACUGGCGCUCGUGUCUUUGGAGCCAUGAAAGGUGCCGUCGAUGGAGGUUUAAAUAUUCCACAUUCCACUAAACGUUUCCCAGGUUUUGACAGUGAGUCAAAAUCUUUCAAUGCUGAAGUCCACCGUAACCAUAUCUUUGGUAUUCAUGUUUCUGAUUAUAUGAAGUCUUUGGAGGAGGAAGACCCAGAAGCUUUUAAAAGACAAUUCAGUCAAUACAUCAAAUUAGGAAUUAAUGCUGAUCAGAUUGAAACUAUCUACAAGAAUGCACAUGCUGCAAUUCGUGCCAACCCAGAAGCUGAAAAGAAACCUGAACAAGCUCCUCCUGCCACCCAAAAGAGAUGGACACGCAGGAAGCUUACGUUGGCCGAACGCAAAGACCGUGUCACGCAGAAGAAGAAAUCGUUUAUUGCCAAGCUCCAAGAACAAGAAGCUUGAGCAGAUACUUUUGUAUUAUGAGUUGAUAUUGU